AUGAAUUUAUUGAAUAUUGUUAAACAUAUUCUUCACUUGACUGAAAAUGAAUAUGAUUCAGAAAAUUCUCCAACAACAACGGAUGAAAUUUUUGCUGCAGAACGGUUAUUCGAAGUUUUAAAAUCUAUAAAUGUCAGCUACUUCACUGAACUGUAUGCGUAUGACACUCUCGAUUUCGACGAUGAAUAUGAUGAAAUGACUGACGAAGAAUCGAGUAAUGAUGACAUUAAUGAUUACAAUGAAAACGAACAUUCUGAUAUAAAUGAUCAUUUUACAUUAGAAGAAAUGCAACGUAUAGUCGAAUGGGUUGACGAACAUCCGAAUGCUAGACUUGCAACCAUUUCACAUAGAUUUAAAAAGGUCAAAUACAUGUAUUAUAUUACAAGCGAUCACUGUUCAUUUCAACAAGAAUAUAUUCCACCAAGAACUCUUUCUUUUACUGGUGAAAGAACAACUGAAGUAGUUGUUAAAAAGAAAUAUAAUAUCACACAUUCUUAUACAAUUCAACCGGUAACAUCAGCUAACGGUCUUUUAUUAGACAAAUUUUUACUUAUACUUCAAGAAAAAGAAAACACACUAGGUAAAAGAGUACAAAAAAAUUUAAUAAUACCACCAAAUGUUGUAGUAAGAGCUUCAAAAUCAGGAAAAAGCAAUGACAAAAAUCAUCAUGUCUUUUUAAAUGAAGUUCUACGUCCAUUUGUUGAUAAAAAAUUUCUUCUUUCCCUUGAUGCUUGGAAAACUCAAGCUGAUCUAACAAAAUUUAGAGCAGUAUUUCCUCAUCUAGACAGUCAAUUAUUGAUUUUUCCUGUAGGAUCGACCGGUUAUAUUCAACCACAGGACCUUUCCUUAUUUCGAU